GUUGUUCUACAAACCUAUGGCUCUGGCAAUCUACCUGCUUCUCGAAAGGAUCUCAUCGACGUACUCGCUGAAGCAACGAAUCGGGGCGUCCUCAUUCUAAAUAUCACCCAGUGCUCGCGUGGAGGGGUCACUCCAACAUACGCCUCUGGCGUUGUGCUCAGCUCUAUUGGUGUAGUGUCUGGCUAUGUGAGUUGA